GUGAGGCUCACAUGGGAAGGAGGGAGAGACAGUAAGAUUUGAUUGAUUUGGAUAAAUACGAAAAACUAUUGGAUCUGCGUUAUUUGAAGAUUUGAAGACGUGUUAACUGAUUGACUCAAAAUCAAAAGUCUUUUUUGAUCUUUUGCCUCUCAAUACGACGUUCCAGAAUCCCAAAAUUCGAGAAUUGUGAUGUGAUUUCAAACACUAGGACCAAAAAAGAAGAAGAGGAAGAGACAUGGACUGGCCGAAAGUUUCCUCUAGAUCAAGCUCUCUUACUGUGGGAGAGAAAGUCUGCGCCGUCUUUAUACCUCUCUUUGCUAUUAUUGAUAUCCUCUUCUCCACCAUUGGACAAUGCUUCGAUUGCCGCCGACGUCGCUCGCCUCAAGUGUGUCAUCACGUGGAUCUGGCUCGUCUUGCACAUGGAUCUCCAUUUUCAGUCAAUGAAGUUGAAGCAUUGUAUGAGUUAUUCAAGAAACUGAGCUGUUCAAUUAUUGAUGAUGGAUUGAUUCACAAGGAAGAGCUUCGGCUAGCGCUUUUUCAAGCUCCUUAUGGUGAGAACCUCUUUCUUGAUAGGGUUUUUGAUUUGUUCGAUGAAAAGAAGAAUGGUGUUAUAGAGUUUGAGGAAUUUAUACAUGCGUUGAGUGUGUUUCAUCCCUAUGCACCAAUCGAGGAGAAAAUCGACUUUGCAUUUAGGCUUUAUGAUCUAAGACAAACUGGAUAUAUAGAGCGAGAAGAGGUGCAUCAAAUGGUGGCUGCUAUUUUGAUGGAAUCUGAAAUGAUUCUGUCCGAUGAACUUUUGACCAUGAUCAUUGAUAAAACAUUUGCUGAUGCAGAUGCAGACAAAGACGGUAAAAUAAGCAAAGAGGAAUGGAAAGUGUAUGUGCUCAAGCAUCCCACAUUGUUGAAGAAUAUGACUCUUCCUUACCUCAAGGAUGUGACAACGGCCUUCCCAAGUUUUAUAUUCAACACUGAGGUUGAAGACUGAGGCAGAACCGGUUCUGCUUGGAUUUUGUCAGUUUCCUUAUUGUAUUUUUACCCAAAUUAGUUGGUGGUUUACCUGUUAGCUGUAAAGUAAAAAAAUUGUGAGGCUCCUGAUAUCUUUUGAUGCACGCAUCUGUACACUGUUCCAUUGCAAGUGAUGAGCAUUAUUUUUA